AUGCCCGUUUUUGUGAGCUAUGAUGGCCCAAAGCUGGGCAAGAAGCAGAAGCAGGUUGUCAGAUCACAGGUCAUGAUUCUGGUCCGCGACCAGCAGAAGAAGGCCAAACAGGCUAAUAAACCCGCUCUUGAAGAACCACCUCGCCCCUUAGCUCCGGCCCCAGACAAGAACGGGGGCGGCAGAGCCCUACCCGAGGAUGAGGGCGAUGCAACAUUGGCCGCACCGCAGGCAGCCAGCGGGAGCUCCCGGUCUCGCCAACCGGCGGCGGCGGCCAACAGCCGCCGCAGCAACCGCGACAAGAUUCUUGCUCGACGGGACCAGCAAUGGCUGAACAUAAACGUGUGGGACCUCCGCGGUGCACCCCCCAAGUCCACCCACAUGACGGGCAUCGACGCCCGCACUUUCCAGGAAUACCUCUGCCGAUGCGGGUCAUACACGUCCUAUCUUGACGAGGGGUUCGCCCUCGUCGGGUUCCGCCAACCGAGCUAUUUCCGCCCGGACCUGUCCAAGGCAGCCUGCAUUUACAUUGGCUGGCUAUGGACGGCGGGCGUGCUCGACGCGUCUCGCGGGACCCAAGAGAUCGCCUACCCAUACUUUGAGUAUCAGGCCGUGAGGGAGUUGCAGAAGUUCAUCGAUGGCGCCGGCGGGAGGCAGCUGCACGAGGUCGUGUAUCCCGUGGUCAUUCUGGCCAUGUUUGAGCUGUUCCGUUUCAGUCCCCGCGCUAUCACCCAUCUCGCUGCCGUUGAGAAUUUCAUCAAAACCCGCGGUGGCCUGCAGCAGAUGCCGGAUGUUAUGCAGCACAUCGUUAUCAUGGCCGACACCCUUCAGUGCCUCACUCUCGGUACGCCCCUAGCAUUCAGUCUACUCGGCCCCGCCCCGAUCAUGCGCCUGAUGACGGCCGACGGCUUCGUGGAGGGCGACGAACUCCGUUCUUGCCCCCUGCUUCUCUGCGACAAAGAGGACUUUUCUCUCGCCGCCCAGUACGUCGAUCCAGCGAUCCACGUCCAGCUAGUUGCCGUUCUUCGGGCUGCAAACGAUUCAUUCCGGCAGUUCUUCCUUCCCUCGGCCAUGCAAAACACAUGUGGAAAUGAUGGUCGAAUUGUGGACGCCCUAGCAGACAGCCCAACUGCCGGGAAUAACGUACCUCGUCUCCUUCUGGACACCUGCGCGUUCGCUGCGAGAAUCAUGCGCAGGACGCUGUCAGGAUACUUGGAUGGGUUUGAAGACCCGGAAAAUACAUCGGAUCUUCUGGCGAUUUAUCAUAACACCCGGUUUAUGGGCUUGAAGGCGUGGGCGGGGUUGCCGUACGUUUACGUUUGGGUGAUUCUCAUCGGAUUUGCUGCCUCGCCCGAUAGAAAUAUGAAGCAUCAUUUCGUUGCUGAGGUUGUUCGCUGCGCGUUCAGCUACGGGUGCUACCAGAUGGAAGUCUUUCAAGCUGUGAUUGGAAACUUCCUUCAUCUCCGUGACGCCCUCGCAGCUCGCAAAAUGGCUCUUGCGAGAAGUCAUUCUAACUCCCCGUUCUCCACCAUCUCUCAGGACCUCUCUUACUCUUCGGUCAUCGCGCAGGGCGAGAUUCCGAUACGGACUCCCGCCCUUCUUGACGAGUACAAUAACUCCCACGAGGUCGCCAGCCAGUUCUGUCCCUCCUGGACGGCAGGUGAGCAGGCGUUCUGGGAAGCAGGAGGGACGACGGAGUCAGAAGACAGCAGUCCCUCUGGCUCUGACUGA